AUGGCGGGCGCUGAAUACUCGACGUCGUCCUACAUCGCCCACGACCUCAAGGGCCUCCCGCGCAGCUACAACCUCAUGAAGCGGUUUACGAUGGUGCCCGGCACACGAGGCAGAGCGGCCCACAGAGUUCCUCCGCAGGCGAGUUACGCUGCACCAACGAAGUCAAAUCGUCAGCAGGAACAGCGCGGGAGUCCAGGCGGAGGUGGUAGCGGAGGUGGGCAGUCAACAAAGGACGUCGAGGAGAAGAGGUCGACGCAGGACAAGUGCCGACGAGGUGGUGGUCGACGGCGGGAGUGCUGGAUCUGCGGCGACCCCGACCAUCUCUCCUUCGAGUGCCCCGACCGCGAUGACAACGACGAGGACAACAACAAGGGAGGCCGCGGUCGAUCGGCCAGUCGUCGCCCCCGUCGAGAUGAGAAGCCGCGCAAGGAAAAGCAGGCGUCGAAGAAGACGUCAUCGACAAAGGACGUCGACACCUCCAGCGGCAAGAGCCGAGACAAUGGGGAGGCGUCGUGCUCGAUGGUCGGCGUGGUGGAGCCGAUGGUCUUGCUGGCGCCGGAGGCUGGUGAGGACUUCCAGGCGGUGGCGGCAGCUGUGCAGGCCAACCCAAUGGUGGUGCUGCUCGACAGCGGGUGCUUCCACGAUCUAAUGGGGACGAAGGCAGUCUUUGCCGACAUGGCGCCGAGCGACAGAGUGAAGCACAUACGUGGAUUCAACGGGGCACUGCAGCUUGUCAAGGGUCGCGGAACCGUUGCUCUACAAGGGGAGGAAGGGAAGCAAGUCCUCAUCCCCGACGCGCUCUACGUUCCGGGUGUACAGGGGAACCUGCUGUCAGCUGGCCAACUGAAGGAGAGCAGAGUGCAAUUGCAGGGCGACGGCGACGGGAUGCUGCUCGUCACAGUGACCGGGGAGGUGGUGGCUCUACGGACGAUCGUCUCUGCGACGGCGUCGACCCCUGACUGGUUGCAUGCGAGGCUUGCGCACGUCGGCGUCGACACGAUUAAGAGCUCGGCAAAGCAUGAAGUUGCUGUUGGGCUCGACAUCAUGCCGUCGACCGGAGCAGACCCGCCGCGUGUCUCGUGCGUCAGAGGAAAGCUGGCGCGGCACACCUUUCCCAACAAGGGCUCGGACGCCAAGGAGGUACUGGCUGUCAUGCACAUUGACUUGUGCGGGCCAUUUCGGGUGGCUGCCAAGGAUGGCAGCUUGUACUUCCUGCUGCUGAAGGACUGCCAUACUUGGUUCGUGUGGACAAUGCCGGUCGCUAAGAAGAGCAAUGUGCUGCGGGAGUUCCAGAAGUGGCUGGGCUGGGAGGUGCUCGACCUGACCGACAACAAGGUGGUCACGUCGGUCGAGGUGAUCUUCUACGAGACGCUAUCGCUGGAGGUGUGGAAGGCGACGUAUGGGCCGGCGUCGGGGCGGACGCAGGCACACUCGCCGACAGACACCUCAACGUCGACGAUUCCGCUGCUCACCGAGGUCAACGAGCCUGUGGAUGAUGAUGUUGUGGAGGUUCUUCCACCUACCCCUGUCCUUGCUCCUCCCUCCCUCGUCGCAGAUCGGCCUGCGUCGACACCUGUGUCGGCCACCGGCGAUGAGGGGAGCCGUGAGGCAUCGCCUGUGGUGCCGGCCAGUGGCAAUGCCGGCGGUCGACAAGGCGCCAAGCUCGUUGACCAGGAUGGGAAGGUGUCGACGACAGGGGAGCACCAAAUAGGGGAGCCGGUUGAACAGGAGGCAACAGAAGGGGUGCAGUCGACAGGGGAGCAGCAGCCGGGGCAGUCGAUAGGGGAGCUGUCGAAGUCAGCAGUAGGCGAGCAGCUGGUCGAAGGGUCGAAGCAGCUGGUCGACGACGAGGACGUUGACGAGGAAGGGGAGCAGUCGGCGGGUGAGGAGUCCACCGACAGCGACGUGGUGGAAGUGCAGAUAACGAAGCCUGAGCUGCGACGCACAGGUCGAGCUCGACGGCCACCGGAACGGCUGAGCUUCCACGCCUGCCUACCGCCAGAUGCCUUCACCACAGUGUACAACAAGGUCGACGACGACCUGUUGUACGACGACACCGAUGAGGAUGAAGACCCGCCGAAGCUCGAACUCGACGUGCAUACCGACCCCAAACACCACUGGGACAUCGCCACGAUGACAGUGAAGGAGGCGCUGUCAAGCUCGAAGGGCGAGGCUGUGAAGGCCGCCAUGAAAGAAGAGAUUCCCAGCCUCAUCGGUAUGGGGACUAGGGAGCUGGUCGAACGCCCACGCGGGGUGAACAUCAUGAAGAACCGGUGGGUGCUGACGACCAAGUACCGCAUCGACAACACCGUCGAGCGCGAGAAGGCAAGGCUGGUCGUGAAGGGCUUCACGCAGGUGUACGGUGCUGACUACGACGAGACAUACUCGCCGGUCAGCAGCUACGUCACGCUGAGGAUCUUCCUCAGCAUCCCGGACUACUUCAACGACGGGACCGGCCGGGUGUGUAAGCUGCUGAAGAGCCUCUACGGGCUGAAGCAGUCGCCGCUGCUGUGGUUUAGAGCUCUCGACAGUGUGCUGCUGGGCGCUGGCUGGAAGAAGAGCCAGGUCGACGAGGCGCUCUACUUCAAGGACGGCAACGACAGAAUGACCUGCUGGGUGCUGGUCUAUGUCGACGACCUGCUCACCGCCAGCAGCAGCACCGCGAUGCUGAAGGAGCUGAAGGAGCUGCUGGUGGCCGCCUUCGAGCUGCGAGAGAUCUUAACGGUGGUGAAUUACCUUGGGCUGGAGAUCGUGCGCGAUAGGCCGGCAAGGAAGCUGUGGCUUCACCAGCAGGGCUACGCCAACAAGUUGCGCAGGCGGUUCAUCGACAAGGAGCAGGGCGAUCGAGUCCCGAAGACGUCGGUCUUGGUCGACACUUAUGCAGAGCUAACGUUCGACGACGAGGAGGCCUAA